GUGCCUCGUGUGUGGAUCAACAUCCCACGGAGCGCCGCGGCUCGCGUUGGCAGAGCUCAGUACGGGACGUGGUGCUCGUGAAACCAUGAAAUUCGUCGUGCUUUUCGCGUUCCUCUUCGGCACGAUCGCCGGCAAUAACGACACUCUGAUCAACGAGAUCGGGAUCGACGAACCGAACGAUCCAACGACACUGCCGGAGCUGGAUCCGCCGAUGACGGAAAGAACGUUGCACGAGAUCUAUCGCGAUGCAGUAGGAGCUUAUCUCGACGAGGAUUGGGAUCGCUGUAUCGAGGACUUCAAUGAAGUCUCGCACGGAUACAAAGUGUACAAGCGCGUGGUGGUCAACUGCAGGCAAAAGUGCAGGACAAAAGCCGCCCGCGAGGUACCGAUCUUUCCCGAGGACCUCGAGGACCUGCAUUUCUACGAGAAGAAGAUAGUGGAGACAUUGUGUCUUCUGACCUGCAAUCAGGAGUACAUGGAGAUCGCCGGUAACAAGGCGCUGAAGACGUUGCCGCGUGAAACCGAGACCAAACUGGCCAACUACCACGUCUACGAAUACUUGCACAACUGCUACUACAAGAGGGAACGCUACCAGGACGCUACGAACGCGGUUUUCACGUAUUUGGUCCGGCAUCCGAAGCACGAAAUAAGCGUGAAAGUUUUGAAACACUAUCUAACGCUUCCCGGCGUGGAAGCGCAGAACGUCGUAAACCUAGAAGCAGCGCCUUAUGUCAGCAUAUACUUCAAGGGAGUGUUGGCUUACGAGAAGGAAAACUACGCAGAAGCGGCGGUCCUCUUCGAGAAUUCUUUGGCGUCCUAUUUGCAGGCCGAGGAGGAGUGCAGGUUCUACUGCGAGGGGCCGUUCGAUCAGGGAUGGCACCCGGAGUUCACGUCCUCCAUCGCCAAUCAUUUCACCUUCUGCCUAAAGUGCAAGCAGACCUGCCACCAGAGGCUGAACAACGUAAACGGCGACUACCGGGGCGACAUGCUCAGGAGCCACUACAAUUACCUACAAUUCUCCUAUUACAAACUGGGAAUCUUGAAGGGUGCCUGCGCCGCCGUGGAAUCCUACUUGCUGUUCGACCCCUCCGACGAGACCAUGCUGCAGAACAAGAUGUACUAUAGCGCCGAGGCCAUGGAACAUUUCUUCCGGCCCAGAGAGGAAGCCGUGAUCUACACGAAGAGGCACGAGUACGAGCUGCGUUUGUUGAAGUUCAUUUCCGACGAGUUUUCGGUGGUCGACAGGAAAUUCGCGGAGAUGAAGAAGGGGCGACAGGCCGAGAAAGAGAAAACCGUGGUGCAGCCAGGAAAGAAGAUCGAUGAAAUCGAAGCUCUGCAUCCACCGCCCGGUUACUCGUCUUUUUCUAACGCGUUGUUGUUCAACAAUCUUUCCGCAAUUCGAGACGAGAAACACGAGAUACGCGAUAGGAAGCCACAAAGGGUCAGGGACGAUGUCUAUCUGAUCGCGGAAGAGAAUGAACUUGGCGGGAAGAAUCGUUAUGUGGCGGACGGAUUCCUCAACUCGACGGAGUGCGAGCUCCUAAUGCGAUUGGCUUCGAUGACUGCAGUGGAAGGCGAUGGUUACAACGAGUACAAGAGUCCACACUCGAAACACGAGCGAUUCGAGGGAAUCACCGUCGGCAGAAUCGCCUUGAUGGUGUACCUGGGACAAAUAGCGGCGGAAAAAUUGCGGCAGCUUUUAGAAGCAACUGAAGAGGCUCGUAGCCACGUGGAAAGGUAUUUCGGGCUUGAUCAACCGCUCUAUGUUACGUACACCCACCUGGUCUGCCGCACGGCUCUAUCUGGUUCACCAAUGGAUCGUAAUGACCUUAGCCAUCAGGUUCACGCGGACAACUGUCUGUUGAACGAUCAGAAUGACUGCAUCCACGAGAGUCCAGCCUACACCUGGAGAGACUAUUCGGCGAUCCUUUACUUGAACGAAGAUUUCCAGGGUGGAGAGUUCUUCUUCGCGAAGGAACGCGCGAUUCACGAAUCGAGCAGCUUGAUUUUUCCGAAAUGCGGACGCAUGGUGGCUUUUUCGGCCGGUGGGGAAAAUCUUCAUGGUGUGAAGGGUGUUCGUCGAGGUAGGCGAUGUGCCUUGGCCCUGUGGUUUACGCAGGAUGAGAAUUACAGGGAGUACGAGGGGACCUUGGCCGAGGCGAUCCUGCAACGGGUACUUUUGGUCGGACCUGUGGAGGAAAAGGAUGUCAAGGUGCCUUUGAGGUACGAGGACCUUCUUCUCCAGUAUGCAAACAGCGACGACUUCUUGAAGGACUUCCUGAGGAAUUCUCCCUGAAGUGGACAAAUCGUCGGAGGCUAUCUUCAGUAUUCAAACUGUUUCAGAGACGUCGACGCUUUACCUACCAGAAACCUCUUAAUUCUUUUAAACAACAAUAGUCAAAGUUAAAUUAUCGGAGCAUACUAUUUGGGCUAAUUUGUUGGUUCCCAAAUGAAGUUGCCGGUAGAUAACGCGUUAGGAAAGUUACUAUUACAAAGAGUAAUAUAUUUUCUCCGGUCAAUGACUGGACCUUACUGCAAACUAGGUACCUGAGAAGAAAAGCAUACGAAAUCGCUUACUGUACUUAGCACAGUUUUUGCCUUUUUCCUAUACAAUGUUUCAUUGCAUUUACAUACUUGAAAGUUGUAAACUUUCGAGCCAUAAUUAAUUGCAGAGAUUCGUGCCUUUAUAAUAAUUAGGGUAUGGUGCGUCGGAUAAAUGCGCAGGAUGCUCGUGGUGGCUCGUCGAACCACUGUUAUUUAUAUAAAAUAUCCUAAUCUUUAUUAGAACAUAGACAUUACAUGUCAACAGGUUUACAUAACCAUCCUAUGUAUCGUGUAACAUGUAUACUGUAAUUAAUUUAUUCUCCUCGGCGUAUUUAUACUAUGUAUAAGAGUCAUAUAUAUAUACAUAUAUAUGUAUACAUAUACAGGGCGUUCGAUUUUAAUUUAUAAAUGCGAAUUACUGGUAAACUACAUGUUCUAUUAAAAAUGCUUCAAGUGAAUGAUUUCUCACUAUGCUUAGUACAAUUUUAUAGAUUCCAUUUGAGGAAACGUGUCAUCUUUGCGAGACCUCUACAAUGUUUACUUACAUAGCUAAUUAAGUUACAAAGUUAAUUACCAUUUUCUAUCUGAACCAUUUUUUACAUAGCCGGUAAUUAAUCGGUAAUUCGCACUUACAAAUUAAAAUCGGAGACCCUGUGUAUAUUAUACGUGUGAUGUCUCCUGUAGCGUGUCGGUUCCUCGUCGUUAUUGCAAUUGUACACGCGAAAAGCGGAUCGCAUAAAUUGCUCCCUAUGUCGGCGUACCACCGGCAUAAGGAUCGAGAACGUAUUCCCCUAAUCGUUAAAUUUAAAACCACGGUUUUUUUAGUCAUCGAGGAGUGCCAUUUUCUCGCGUCGUGAUCAUCGCGGGAUCAGUCGGGAAGAAAAGUGUACGCGACCCAUUAACUUUAUUUAUGUUUCGUUACAAACAUUUAUUACGAAAUUAUAGUGACAUCUGCGUAUCACAGGAGAGCUCAGUCGAUUUUUUUCUGCCAGGAACCACCCCAUGUUAGUCGUAUCGUUAUACAUAUUUAUCUAUAUUUAUAUAAAUCACAAUAUAAAUAUAAAUAAAUAUAUACAUAUAUAUCCGCAUGUGCUACCGCUCAUCAAUAUCCGGACAUCCAGCAAAACUUGUUAUAAAGGUGUCUAAUUUUAAACCAGUUCAUGACUGAUUUUGCCUUGAAUUAAUUAAAUUAGUAUAAAUGUCGAACUAGUAGAUAAAUUUAACUACCUACAAGAAUUUGACCAACAUCGUUAAUAAAUUUUGCUUGUACGGUUCAGUGACAAUGUAUAAAUCAAUACAAUAAUACUCAAUAGAGAGACAAACUAAUGUUUUAGCGAUAUCGACAAUGUCCGGAUAGUUCUAGACGGCAGCGUACAGGUCCGUUUGCCACUCCGUUACCUUCUAUCAACGACGGAUCUCGUUCUUUGCUCCGAGAUAUGAUCGAUCAACGAUAUCGCGAAUAAAAAUUCAAUCGAGCUAGCUUGCUACACAAAGAAACGAAACGCGCGUCUAAACCGCUAAACGGUUUUCCGUUGAUCGUGUAAAUUGAAACAACAACUGGCAACGUCGAGUGGAGAAUGAAUUCCGUGGAUCAUCUUUCUAUCAGCGUUUUCGGAUGACCGGUUUUUUCGUUUAAUAUUGCUCUUCGUAGACCUUCGGAUUUCGUUUUCGUUCUCUUGUCGAGAAACAAUGUAGUUUAGAACAACAGCGAAGCGGGAGAAUGUAAAGUUCCGUAAAAUAUACAGCAGUGGACGCAGAACGGUGAACGACAAUGGUUGUGUUACCUUAAAAAUGGUAAAAUGAUUAUGUUACAGGCUCGUGUUUCGCACGAGAUACACCGCGGCAGAUUCAUGUUACUUUGUUGUACGGCCAACCGAAAUCGUUAGCACUCCUAGGUUCGUUAGAAUUAAGAAGCAUAAUGCACUUUUAGAGCCAGGUAAACGAGUACCUCGCAACAAGUACCGCAUGUACUCGUGUACAGAUCGAGGAUGGAAACAUCGUGUGUGUGUGCUCGCCGAGAGAAAACUUUCUAGAACAAGAAACAAAUGAUGUGUAACAAUAAAAUUGUUCGUAAAACCCUUA